AGGCCGACCACGACGAAACGGGACUGUGGAUGGAUGGAAUGGACUUUACACCCAGUGCGUACGGACUCACGGCCGAAUUGGAAUCCGGCUCUCAAGUCCGUGGAGUGGACUCCAAAAUAUUUUCUAGGGUUCUUCCCUAUUUCUUUCUCUCGAAUCGAAUGCAGCUGCCCCGAUGCGGUGCUUCUUCCGCCGCGAUCACGAUCGUUGCGUCUCAGAUCACAUUCCUCGUCCUGUUCUACUCCAAUCCAUCGGGGUUUUCUUUGAAGCGGGCAGCUGUCGACGACGAUCGGAGCUGGAGCGGCGGCAUUGGCGUCCACAUUGCGAAUCUCUCUCGCGAUUUCAACUACGGCCUGGUGAGGAGCUAUCCAGGGAGUGCUGUGAGCCAGAUCGAUGCUUUCCCGGCGUACCCUGACGAUCCUCUCGUCAGACAGUACAGCGCGGAGUAUUGGAUUCUGGGAGAUUUGGAAGCGGGAAGCGAUGCGUCGUUCGCCCGCAGGGUUUUGGAUCCAGACCAGGCGGAUGUGGUGUUCGUGCCGUUCUUCGCAGCGCUCAGCGCGGAGGCACAGCUCAGGAAUGGGAAGGGGCAUUUCAGGCACCGCAAGGAUAAUGAGGAUUACGAGAGGCAGAGGGCGGUCAUGGAGAUUGUGACGAGCUCCUCGCGGUGGCAACGCUCGGGUGGAAGAGAUCACGUCUUCGUUCUCACAGAUCCGAUGGCCAUGUACCACUUCCGGGCCGAGAUAGCCAACUCCAUCCUUCUGGUUGUGGAUUUUGGUGGCUGGUACAUGGAAGAUGCAAAGAGCUCUAGAAAUUUGAGCAGUCCCCAGCCCAUCUAUCACACUCAGGUUUCGUUGAUCAAAGAUGUCAUCGUUCCAUAUACUCACCUUCUUCCAACGCUAGCACUCUCGCAAGACAAUGCCGUUCGCAGCACGCUUCUCUACUUCAAGGGCGCAAGAUAUCGUCACAGAACUGGACUUGUUCGGGACCAGCUAUGGAGUGUUCUCGAUGGCGAGCCCGGAGUGUUGCUAGAGGAAGGCUUUCCCAACAGAACAGGCCAGGUCCAAGCAGUCCAAGGCAUGAGAAACUCUCACUUUUGCCUCCACCCUGCCGGCGACACGCCCAGCUCCUGCCGUCUGUUCGAUGCAGUGGCAAGCCUGUGCAUACCCGUGAUCGUCAGCGACAGUAUCGAGCUACCGUUCGAAGGCAUGCUCGACUACACGCAAUUCGCCAUCUUUGUGUCAGUUCACGACGCUUUGCUGCCGAAGUGGCUCGUCCGGCACCUGAGCAGCUUCAGCAGCAAGGUCAGGAAUCAGAUGCGUCACAACCUGGCUAGUUUACAGCACCAUUUCGAGUACGAGAAUGGUUUUCCCGGCGGCAGAGGUGCUGCUAUCAAGGAUGGAGCCGUCAACAUGAUCUGGAGGAAAGUCCGCUCCAAGCUUCCGGGUGUUCGAGAGGCGAUUGCUCGGGACAGGAGAAGACCCUCCAACGCUCAAUUGCCACCCGCUCGGUGCCAGUGCAUUUAGAGAAGCUGCUGGAGGAGCUCGUCAUUUACCAAGGAGCAGAACUUGGCACUGAAUAAGCUACUGCUCGACAACGUCUCGAACUGGCCUGCUCGAUCCAGGAUCUCGAUCA